UACUCAUGGUCACCAACUCAGCACUUCAAUGAAGAAAGAUACUCCCCUGCUCCUAGGAAUAUGAAAGGAUUAUCUGGGAGUCGAAAUCAACCACAGUUAUGUUCUGGUCAUACUUGUGGCUUGACACCCCCUGAAGAUUGUGAACAUACUCAUGACCACAUUCACCAUGGGCAGGAAACAAGGCAAUCCUACUUGCUCAGCCCAACUGACAGCUGCCCCAUGGACCACCAUCGUUGUUCACCCAGAAGUUCCAUUCAUUCCGAAUGUAUGAUGAUGCCCAUGAUGAUGGGUGAUCAUAUGUCUAGUAGCACUUUUCCCAGAAUGCAUUAUAGCUCACAUUACGAUACAAGAGACGAUUGUGCCAUGUCUCAUGCUAGCACUAAAAUUAAUCGAAUUCCAGCCAAUCUUUUGGAUCAAUUUGAGAAACAGCUCCCUCUCCACAGGGAUGGAUUCCAUACGUUACAAUACCAGAGGACUUCAACCGCCGCAGAACAGCGCAGUGAGAGCCCAGGGAGAAUACGACACCUUGUCCAUUCUGUCCAGAAGCUCUUCACCAAGUCUCAUUCUUUAGAAGGCUCUUCUAAGAGUAACAUCAAUGGGACCAAAGGUGACAGUAGAGUGGAUGAUCACCACCACAGCCAUCAUUCAAAACAUAGUAAAAGGAGUAAAAGUAAGGAGCGGAAACCAGAAAGCAAGCAUAAAUCUGGCAUGAGUAGUUGGUGGAGUUCUGAUGACAAUUUGGACAGUGAUAGCACCUACCGAACACCCAGUGUGGUUAAUAGGCACCAUGUAGAUCACAUCUCCCAUUGCUACCCUGAAACUCUCCAGGGCCCCUUUGGGGAUCUCUCAUUGAAGACUUCCAAAAGUAAUAAUGAUGUCAAGUGUUCUGCCUGUGAAGGCUUAGCUCUGACCCCCGAUACAAAGUACAUGAAAAGAAGUUCCUGGUCCACUCUUACAGUAAGCCAGGCAAAAGAAGCUUAUCGCAAGAGUUCCCUUAACUUAGAUAAGCCUUUGGUCCAUCAGGAAAUCAAGCCUUCCUUGAGGCCAUGCCAUUACCUUCAGGUACCUCAAGAUGAAUGGGGAGGGUACCCAACUGGUGGUAAAGAUGAGGAAAUACCCUGCAGGAGAAUGAGAAGUGGGAGUUACAUUAAAGCCAUGGGAGAUGAAGAGAGUGGAGAAUCGGACUCUAGCCCCAAAACAUCACCAAAGGUAGCAAUCCUACCAGAGCCCUUGUUAAAGUCCAUUGGACAGAGACCGCUUGGAGAUCACCAAACCCCAAGCUACCUGCAAGCUGCAAGUGAUGUGUCUGGUGGUCACAACCUGGAUCCCUCUGCCAACUAUAACUCCCCAAAAUUCCGCUCCAGGAACCAGAGUUACAUGAGAGCAGUCAGCACUCUGAGUCAGGCCAGCUGUGUGAGCCAGAUGAGUGAAGCCGAGAUCAAUGGGCAGUUUGAAUCAGUAUGUGAAUCCGUCUUUAGUGAAGUUGAAUCUCAGGCCAUGGAUGCCCUUGACCUCCCUGGAUGUUUCCGAACAAGGAGUCACAGUUACCUUCGGGCCAUUCAAGCUGGUUACUCCCAAGAUGACGAAUGUAUCCCUACAAUGACAACCUCCAACAUCACUUCAACCAUCAGGUCAACAGCAGCUGUACCAUAUACAAAUUACAAAAAAACACCCCCACCGGUACCUCCUCGGACCACCUCCAAGCCACUGAUUUCAGUGACAGCCCAGAGCAGUACUGAGUCAACCCAGGAUGCCUAUCACGACAGCCGGACUCAAAGGAUUUCCCCAUGGCCACAGGAUGGCCGAGGCCUCUACAACUCUACCGACAGUCUGGACAGUAACAAGGCCAUGAAUCUUGCCCUAGAAACUGCCGCAGCUCAGCGACAUGCCUCUGAAAGCCAGAGCAGCUCAACGCGGACCAGUGACAAGGCAAUUUUAGUGUCAAAAGCCGAAGAGUUCCUCAAGAGCCGCCGUUCCUCUAUAGGGAUUCAGGAUUCUGAAUUCCCAGAGCAUCAGCCAUACCCAAGGUCAGAUGUGGAAACAGCUACAGAUUCUGACACGGAGAGCCGAGGCCUACGGGAAUAUCACUCUGUUGGCGUGCAAGUAGAAGAUGAAAAGCGACAUGGACGUUUUAAACGUUCCAAUAGUGUAACCGCUGCUGUCCAAGCAGACUUAGAAUUAGAGGGCUUCCCAGGACACAUCACCAUGGAGGACAAAGGUCUCCAGUUUGGUUCAUCCUUCCAGCGACACUCAGAACCUAGCACUCCUACCCAGUAUGGAGCGGUAAGAACUGUACGGACACAGGGACUCUUCAGUUAUAGAGAAGAUUAUAGGACCCAAGUUGACACUUCAAACCUUCCCCCUCCUGACCCUUGGUUGGAGCCAUCCAUUGACACAGUAGAAACUGGAAGAAUGUCUCCAUGCCGCAGGGAUGGGUCAUGGUUCUUGAAACUUCUGCACACAGAGACAAAGAGAAUGGAAGGCUGGUGUAAAGAAAUGGAAAGAGAAGCAGAGGAAAAUGAUCUCUCAGAAGAAAUUCUUGGUAAAAUCAGGAGUGCUGUUGGGAGUGCCCAGCUUCUUAUGUCCCAGAAAUUCCAGCAGUUUUAUUGGCUUUGCCAGCAGAAUAUGGAUCCCAGUGCCAUGCCAAGGCCUACUUCUCAGGAUCUCGCAGGGUACUGGGACAUGUUGCAGCUCUCCAUUGAGGAUGUCAGCAUGAAGUUCGAUGAACUGCACCAGUUGAAGCUCAAUGACUGGAAGAUUAUAGAGUCACCUGAAAGAAAGGAAGAAAGAAAGGUCCCCCCUCCAAUACCAAAGAAGCCCCCAAAAGGGAAAUUUCCUAUUACAAGAGAAAAAUCCCUUGACCUGCCCGACAGACAACGUCAAGAAGCUCGCAGACGCCUCAUGGCUGCUAAGAGAGCAGCGUCCUUUCGACAGAAUUCUGCAACCGAGCGUGCUGACAGCAUUGAGAUCUAUAUCCCUGAGGCCCAGACCCGACUUUAA